GUUAGGUUCUCGGCGAAAGUAAUUCUGUUCUAGAAGAAUAUCGGUCGAAAUGCUUUCGAGAGGAAUAAUCGAAUCUUCGGUUAACGAUGGUGGCAGAAGGCUCAACUUCAUAUAAAUGAGCAAGGUUGACGACUCACGUCCGAAUACGAGAUCAAGAGGUCCUCCAGGUUCAUCUCAAGAAACAAUUUGCUGCCCGACGAGAGGUUGUGAUGGGUCUGGUCACGUCAAUGGGAAGUUUGCCAAACACCGAACAGUGGCCGGGUGCCCGUUGGCGGCAAAGAAACGGAAGCUUCUGGACAGCUCGUGUCAUGAAUUUUCGUUGGCCAAAACCCGGCGGGCGGAACAGAAGCGGUCAACCUCCUCUGACUGUGCCAAAGGCUCUCAGGAAACGGAAAAAAAGCAAAGCUGCGCCAACAACCAGUCGUCAACUGACGCCAAAAGAGGGGACAAAAUGACUGGACGCAAAUGCACCCAAGAAGCACCUCCGAAGUCCCUUGGAGUUGUCAACGGUGGAUUAACUAGCAAAUCUGUCACCAAAGAGCUUCUCGAACCAAGGACAGAAAGGAACCACAGGAAAACGGUUGAUUACGCAAGUAAAAGUCUGGGAAAUUCCAUUCUUAAAGAAAAUGGAGAAAAGCGCUCAAAGAAAGGUCAAGACGCAACGGCCAAAGAGUCUUCGCGAUCGACCCCAGCAGCGAAUGCUGGGAAAAUUCCCACUUCCAUCAAAGAAGAGGACAGAUGCCCGCCAAAAAUCAAAGAAGGCAUUCACAACAAACCGGUAGCAUCGCCGCAGGCGAAAGUAAAAGAAACUGACUCUAAGAAUUCUGAACGAUUUCAAAAGAAAUCGAAUGUCAGCGUGUUGCAGAAUGACAGACGAUCUAAAAACGGCGCUGGCGUUUCCAACAAUAACAGCAGUCUAACCACCCCUUUGUCGAAGGGAAUAAAAUAUGAAAUAGAAGACCCAGAAAGUGAUUCGAAUGAUUGCCCGAAAUCUAAGCCUAACGCAACAACAUCUUCUAAAUGUAGUGAGAACAAAUACCGCACAGGUAUUUUGGAACACUCUUCGAACAAAAUUAAUGAUGAAAUGAGUCAUAACGCACAAAAGAAAGCAAAAGUGAAAUCCGAGAAUGAAUUGGAACUGAGAGUUGGCAGCUGUAUCAAGGUAGAGCAAUUAGAGACUGAAAAAUGCCUUAAUGAUAAUAAGAGUGAUGUUAAGCUUAUUAAAACAAUAAAGACCGAACCUAUUCAGCCAAGCGUUUCCAAGAAAAAAGAAAUUUGUAAGAAGGAAGUGAUCAAAACAUUUGAUAAACAAAACUCUCCUAACACGAGCAAUAAGACAAACAUAUGUACAAAUAGUAUUAACAAAUGUUUAAGUUAUCAAAAAAGAACGGACGAUCUUCCUAACAAUAAAGUCUCUUGUCAACAAGGUAACAAACUUAGUUGUAACAUUGAAAGCCAAUCAGGUGAAAAACCGAAAAUAGAAAAGUACAAUAACCUCGCAAUAGAAAAACAACAUGUUCCUCAAUUUAGCCAGCAAGAUGUCAAUCGGCUUGCAAAUGCAGUUGGAAAUAGUUCAGAGCCUGGUCAUAAAGAUCUGUCUGGAAAGCAGUUAGAAAAUCGGGUAACUCCCAACGCCCAUCAUGUAAGUUUUCAAGGCACAAUUUCUUGUCACCGAGAUCUUCAUCAAAACAAACCUCAUGUGAACCACAUAAGCCGGAAAGAAAAUAGUCAGAUUAAAUCCCAAGAAGAAAGGAAACAAUUUAUUCAUAUCAGUGCUGAUACUUUCAACCAGUCUUUCAACAGGUUAACAAACGCUAAGCAACCACAACCUAAUAAAAAACUAAGUAAUCAGAAAUUUGAUGUAUCUAAUAAAAACAUUACAAACUUAAAUACCAUGAUAUGUAAUCAACUCGAAAAUCAUUCAAAAAAUAAUAUGACUUUAACUAAAUACACCCAUUCAACAUCGCAUGACCAAAUGACCAUUUAUGCUGAUCAUAGACUUAACAAUCAAAUUUGUAAUAAUAAAUUCAAAAAUGAGCCAAAAGCACACGAAAGGAGGGAUAUGGAGGUAGAUGAAGAUGAAAAACGCGUUCAAGAAGCUCAAGAAGCCCUUAGAAGUUUGACAAGAAAUUGUGUUAAUGACAAAUCCUUUUCAGACAAUAAAAUUGAAAAACCUUUCUUCGAGAAUUUGUUCGAGAAAAAGGCAUCAGACAUUGCUGUGUCACACAGUUCAUGGAAGGACGUGGUAAACGUGAGCUCGACACCUAUUAGUACAACUCCUGGAAAGUUAGAAGUUAAAGACAUCUAUAAGGAAACUGCAACGGAACCGGUUCUGGAGGUUGUUCAUUCUCAGAAAGAUCCUACCAGAGACUGUGAUGUAAAGCCCAUCGAUGGAAACAAACAAGGCGCUAAACAAGAUGAUACGAAAUCCACGAAAGAAUACGACAUGGAAAACCUCCUGCAAAUCGAAGCAGAAUGUGCUAACAUACUUGCGGCUUCUUUUGGAACACAGCCGCCUCCUCAGGAAACUAUUACCUACAGAAGACCGUGUUCUCCUGAAGACUGCGAUAAGUCUAACAUUUCGGCAGAGUCCACUCCCUCCCCUGCAUCCACUCCCUCCCGAUCUGCAGGCUCUCGCACUCCCUCUCCACUCUCCUCUCCGCCAUCCUCCCCCCGCCACAACCCAGAAGGAGAUGAGGAAGAGGAAGAUGCGGAAGAGGAUGAGAUUCGAACGAAGCGCUUCUGCUCCUCCCCUCCGAUGGCUGUGGAUGUUGCAGUCGGAGACUCCUGUCCCCAGCAGGAGGACGAAGAUGAGCUCUUAUUGGCGGAAGGUCACGUGAUACGAGAAGUUUCCACAACUUCUACCAACACAGAUUUCACGUCAUCCGAAAGCACACAGGUGUCAGCGGGAACACCCAUGUCUCCUUCAACUGUACCCGCAAACAGUUCAUGUCCUCGACGCUUUGGAAUGUUGGAAGGUCGUCCUUUGACUUACGAGGACCACCUUUUACCGCUUCCUGACGAUGACAAUCCUUUGGUAAUAGACGAGGGAGGAGACGAUGCUACCAAAGAUUCAGAAUCACCUCAUGGACUUAACAGCUCACAAGAAGAGAAUACUUGUUCAUCUCUAAUGAUGAAUACGGCGUGCCUGGACGCUCUGGCCGACGACAUUUCCAUGGGCAGCCACUCGGACGGAUCUCUAAAAGAUAGUAAAUGUCCUACUCCUGGUUGCAAUGGAACCGGCCACUCAACCGGACUCUACUCGCACCACAGGAGCUUGUCUGGCUGUCCAAGGAAAGACAAAAUUACUCCAGAAAGUAAGCAUACAUUUCUCUUUGG